UUAAAUAUAACAAUGUUAUUGUUUUUGUAGUCACUGUGUAAAUCACUUUGAUAGUAAAGGCUAAUUACACUGUUUUGUCAUGAAUAAUUCAUUUUUUUGUGACUCGUGAAGUGAAAACUAGGAUCAAGACACAUGUUAAUCUAAAAAAAGAAAAAAAAAAUUGCCGUCACACCCAUGUUAAUUUCUGUGACUUCCUCAUUUUCAAGUCGACUUUUACAGGGUAUUUUAAAAAGCAGCACAACUCUGAAGGAACUUCAUUUCUCUGUUCAUCUUUCAUGGUGUGUUGUAAGAGCUGAAGAAAAGAGUUUCUGCCUCUCCUGACACGCAGAGAUGGCUGCAGCUCUGACUGUCCUUCUCAUCGGCUGUCUGCUGCAAACUGCCCUGUGUGGACGGACUGAGGUCUUUAUACCACAGACUAUAAAAGUCCUGAGUGGAUCCUGUGUGACCAUCCCCUGCUCCUUUGAUGUAGAGGACCAGUAUAUCUCAAGUAUUGAUGGAACAUGUGGAGCAUUGUGGAAAUCUGAUGUACAGACUGUUGUGUUUAACAGCAGUAAUCCACAAUCAAGUGCAAUACAAGGAGAACUGAAAGGAGACUUGAAAAGAAGAGACUGCAGCACAACCCUGAACAACAUGAGACCUGAGCACAGCAAAGAAUAUUUAUUAAGAGUGCAAUGUGAUGUGUUCAAAUUUAAUUUUCAUGACCAGAAGUUGCACAUUUCAGUCACAGAUGAUCCACCCACACCGACUCUGACUCCGUCCACACUGAAGGUGGAGGAGGGAGCCUCAGUGAGUUUGAAGUGCUCUGCUCCAGCUCCCUGUCUGUCUCAUCCUCCAGCUCUGACAUGGACCUCCAGCCUGGGUCACAUUCAGGAGUCACUGCAGGAGAAUCAGGACAGAACUAAAGUCCAGACCUCUGUUCUGACCUUCACUGCUUCUCGCCUUCAUCACGGACAGAUAAUCUCCUGUACUGCAGUCUACAACAAACAAGAUGGCAGCUCUCAGUCAGUUAGCACCAGUUUGACAGCUGAUGUUUCAUUUGCUCCACAGAUCCUGUCCUCAUAUGGCUGCAUUCAAACUGCAGACCAGCUUAACUGUUCCUGUGAGACUGUGGGGAAUCCUCCUCCUGCUCUACAGUGGUAUUUGGAUGGGUUACCUGUCAAUCACUCUGACAGGUUUGCAACCAGCAGUGAGCCUCUAAACAUCUCAGGUCUGAGGAGCAUCAUCACUGUGAGUCAACCACAACAGAGGGAUCUUUCCACUUUGCUCUGCCACAGCUCCAACUCCCUGGGAUCAGCUACUCAGAGAUUUUGUGUCAACAACCUUGAGCCUCAAAUAUCUGCAAAACAUCAAGACUUCGUGAUGUUGCUAGUGUUCAUCACCAUAAUUGUGGCUCUAUUUCUAAUAAUAUGUGGUCUGCUGUUGGUCAUCAGGGCUCAGAGGACUCACCAGGUCGUUCAUAAGAGCACAGUUGCUAUGAGCCAAGUUCUCACAAGUGGAGAGGCAGAUGAGGAACCCAAUGCAGAAGAAGAAGCCAUUUAUAUCAAUACCAACGAGGCGAGACAGGGAGGUGUCGCCGAACCUGCAGCCAACUCCGAGCCAAACAGCGCCAACUUGCCCGGUGAGGAGGGCAGUGAUGUGAUUUACUCUUCUGUGAAUUGGAAAACCAAGAGCAGGAAGAGGAAGGAAGAAGACUCUGAACAAGGGUCAGCCUGGUAACUCCUACCUUGAGGAGGAGAGGUGCGCAGUGGGAGCAAUGAGCAGAAAUUUUGUCAGUGAUGCACUUGAGAUGGGAAACCUAUACGAUGAAUUCCAGCCUGGACCGGAGAAUAAGGCAGUGGAAUGUGAAUAUGCCCAGGUUAAAUUUAAAAGGAAGAGUGUUUUGCGCAAUUAGAUCACAGGUCACUAUAUUGUUGUGCAAGUUAUUUUUUUAUUUUUUUGUUUUUGUAGCUGUCGUUGCUUUGAAACAUAAAUUUAGAUUGAACAGAAUCAUGUUCCCUUGUUUUUUUAUGUAGUUUAUUUGGCUUUUUUUAAAAAAAAAUUUUUUACAGUUUUUUGGGUCACUUCAUAUUUUUGUGCAUAAUUAUUGUCAGGCUCGACAAAGAGAGAGGACUCAGAUGCAGACUGGCGACGGUAAUGACAGGUUUUAUUUUCAGGUUCGUAUCUCUUCAGACAGAAUGAUAAAUAAAUUGGCUAUGAAAAACUUUGGGUCCAGAGGACAAGACAAGACAAUAAAGAGCACAAAAUGAACAAAAAACACUCCUGUAGGAGGAAAUAGGAAAACUAUACUGAUCUCAAAAAACUAAUACUAUGAAAAUGUAAUAAACAAGAACUCACUCUCAGAGGAAAAAGCUCACAGGCUAUCAAAAUUAUGUACUCUAUGUUACAAAAAUUAUCAAAAGAAAAUGCUCCAAAGGAGGAAAAAGCAAACACUAUCAAAUUAUCUGGCUGGAAACAAAAAGGUCUGACCAACAAUUAUUAACACAAAAUCACUCAUCUUCAGAGGAAUACAAAGACAGAAAAUAAAGCUUGACAAUACUUAACUUGGCAAGGAACAAGACUAUCAACAAGGCUGGAUAUAUUCAACAGGACAAACGAAAUACUCUGGCAACACAGACAGGGAAAGACAAAGACUUUAUACACGUGAGGGAGGGGAGCACAGGUGGAAACAAUCAAGGAUUAGGGAUGAGGUCAGACAGGUGACACAAGAGGAAGGGCAACGACCUGAAACGAGAGGAGAGUUACCUUUCAAAAUAAAACAUGAAAUUCACAAGACAAAAAACCCAAGACAGGACAUCCCUCACUGUGGUGUGACAAUUAUAUCAGCACAUUAUGAUAGUGAUUAGCAUAUGUAAAUUGAGAGCUACCUUUCUGUUUUGCAUAAAUUUAGCAUGUUUUGUUUAUGUCAACAGACAACAGUAUAGAAAAUCUGUUUUGUUUUUUCAAAUGUUUUGUGUAUGUACAUAGUAUGCCUAUAAGCUACAGCAGAGGAUCCUAUUAUCACAAAGUGUGCUAGACAAUGGAAGGAGAAACAAACUCACAUAGUCUGUUUAUGUCUCAGGUAUAAGGAAGUGGAAACCUCAUCCUAAAACCUCAUUAAUACUAAUUUUGGAGUUCUUCCUUAUACUAAUUACCUCCACAGUCGUGCACAUCACUCUGUUGAGUGUUUAGUAUACCAGAUUUUAGAAACAGGCAAGAGAGCCUCUCCUUUAGUCUCUGUCAUUGUUGAGGCUGACUUUCAGGAGCGUGUGAGAGUUUGGCCUAAAAUGUGGAAAAGUAAAAAAGAAAAAAUAAUAAUAAAAUGUAUUUUUCAUGAACAAAUAAAAGAAUUUAACAUUU